CCCGGCGGCGGGCCGCGGCGGAGAUGGUGCCCGCGGGGGUGGCGCGGCGGAGCGCCCGCCCGCGGCCCUCGCCCGCGCGGGCGCCCGCCGAGGGGCUCGGCGGCCUUCCUGCUUUCGGGGGCCCAGCCGCGGUGCCGGUGGCCUUCGUGUCCCACGCAUGGAGCGGGACCUGCGAGUCGGAGCGGUUGAAGCCGGUGCCGAUGGACCACUACCUCCAGGUCUCGGACGUGCAGGCCGAUCUGCACGCCCUGCGCGCCGAGUGCGCGGCGGCCGCGGAGGGGCUCCUCGACGCGCGGGGGGCGGUGCAGGCGCUGGAGGAGGAGCUGCGGCGGGAGCGGCGCGCCUCGAGCGAGGCGCGCUCUCGGCGCGAGGACGGCCGGCGCCACGAGGAGGCCGCGCGGCGCGCCCGCCUCGAGGAGGCCGCGCAGCGGCGGCAGCUCGUGGCGGAGCAGCAGGAGGCGGCAUGCCUCACGCGACUGCUCCGCGGUGCUCGAGCGCGAGCAGCACGGGGAAUUGGCGCGGCUGAGAGGCGAGCUGAGCGAGGCUGGCGGGCUGAGGAGGAGCCUGGAGGCCCAGGAGUCUUGGCGCGACCGCGCGCUGGAGCAAGCGGGCCGCGACGCCGCGGAGCUGGCGCAGCUGCGCACGGAGGGCCGCGAGGUGGCCUGCCUACUGUCGAUGCUUGCUUUGAGCGAGGCCGAGUGCGACAGCUUGCGGAAGGGCAGCGCGGCGCUCGAGCGCGAGCAGCACGGGGAAUUGGCGCGGCUGAGAGGCGAGCUGAGCGAGGCUGGCGGGCUGAGGAGGAGCCUGGAGGCCCAGGAGUCCUGGCGCGACCGCGCGCUGGAGCAAGCGGGCCGCGACGCCGCGGAGCUGGCGCAGCUACGCAGUGAUGGCUGCGAGUCGGCCUGCCUCCGGUCGAUGCUCGCCGCGAGCGAGGCCGAGUGCGACCGCGUUCGGAAGGGCAGCGCGGCGCUCGAGCGCGAGCAGCUCGAGGAGCUGGCGCGGCUGAGAGGCGAGCUUCUGCAGGCCAGUCGGCUCCGCGGGGAGCUGGAGGCCCAGGCCUCGGCCUCGAGAGCGCGCGCGGCCGCGCUGGCGCCGUCGGUGCCCACGCCUCCCCGAGCCCGCCCCCAGCGCGCUGACGCUGUCGGUGCCCCCGGCG